AUGACAUUCUACUCACUCUUCAAACCGCCUACAAGGCCCAACAAGGAUCCCUGGCUUUCGGGACGCUGCCGCCUCAGGUCUAAGGCAGGCAAACCGCCCACUGCCACCCGCGAUUUCCAGGAGCUGGAGAAAAACAACCCGGGGCGCAGAGAGAUCUGCUGUGUGUGGACGGCCCUCCCCGGCCGGGGCCAAGCCCGGAGCCGGGAGCCCGCGGACCGCAGGCUGCGGGGACCGACCGGCCGGCAGCUCCGGCGGGGUCAAGCCCAGACCGCCCCACACGGCCCUAGAAGGAAAGAAGGCUCCCCGCCACGCCCACGGCCGCCGGCCCCCCGCCGCACCCGGUACCCUGAGGGGCCGGAGCCGCCCCCAGCCCCGGCCUCCACGGCGAGCGCUCCCUCCACCUCCCCGCCCGGCCCCGGGCGCGCUCACCCUGGAUCCACUAGCUGCCUCAUCGUACUGCGCCGGCGCCGGUGCUCCACGGCCGCCGCGGCUCCCGCCUCGGAUCCGGCUUGGGCCGCCGUCCUGCCGCCUGCCCCCGGGGCACCGGCCGCCCCGCCCCGCCGACGGACCCUCCCCGCGCCCGCGGCCGCCGCCGCCAACCAGAGGGCGGCGGGGGCGGAGCAGGCCGCGCGCCAGGCCCGGCCAAUCCAGCCCCUACCAGCGCGCCGAGGAGCGGCCUCGGAAAUGGGCGAGCGAUUGGUCAGCCUAGCAACAAGUGAAGACAGACCCUGCCUCUGUCAGAAGGAGAAACUGAGGCUCCGAGAACCAAGGAUCUCCCGCUUGGCAAAUUGA